GCCGGGCAGAAGGAGCCCUGCCCGGCCAGGGCGAAGCGCUGCUGGUCUCCAAACAGGCUCUCCAGAUGGCUGCCUUGGGCCGCCCCUUCCAGCUGGGGAUGCUGAGGCCUCCUCUCCCCUUGGGUGUGCCUUUUCUCUGGCCUUUUACGUGCAACGCUUUGCUGCUACAGGCUGCCUUACCUUGUCUUUGUCCUGUGGCAGGCAUCACCCUAUGGGAUCCCGGAGUUUUAACCAGGAAUAUCGAGACCCAGCUGCAGCCCAGCACAGAAACCCAAGUGAUCGCCUUUGAUACGCUCAGCAACAAAGCCCAUGCGCUGAAUGUCUCGGCCUCCCUCAAGGCAAGCUUUCUUGGAGGGCUGGUGACAGUGGAUGGCGCAGCCAAGUACCUCUGUGAUACCCCAGAGUCAGCCUACCAGGCCCGCAUGGCCCUCAAGUACUCGGCCACCACCUACUUCAAGCAGAUGACCAUGUGCCAAAUCGGGCAGGAGCACAUCAUGUACCCAGAGGUCUUUGAGCAAGACACUGCCACCCACGUGGUCACGGGGAUUCUGUAUGGAGCCAACGCCUUCUUCAUCUUUGACCAGAUGGCGUUCUCCUCGGACAGCCUGCAGAACAUUCAAGCCAAGCUCCACGUCAUGGUGACCAAGAUGCCUUUGCUGUCUUUAUCUAAGGCAGGACAGGGUGGAGGAAUCUGCCUGGAUGAACAAGAAAAGGCUGCUGUGGCGAAGUGCAGCUGCAUCUUCUAUGGGGAUUUUGCCCUUGACCGCAACCCAACAACAUAUGAGGAAGCCUUAAGAAUAUAUUCCAAACUUCCCAAAAUGUUGGGAAGUAAUGGGGAGAGGUCCGUGCCCGUAAAAGUGUGGCUUUUCCCCCUGAGCAGGUUGAACUCAAGGGCUGCCCGGCUGGUUCGUGAGGUGAGCUCCAGAGUGAUCUCCGACACUGAGAAGGCCCUGGAGAAACUCAUGGAACUUGACAAGCGAUGCAACGACCUGCUCAAGGACAGCAUUACAACCACCUUCCCAGAAAUCCUGAAGAAAAUCGUGCGUUUCAAAGACUUGUGUGAGGAGUACCGGCUUGGCUUACAGAAACAGCUAGCCACGAUCUUGCCCUCCAUCCGUGGAGGAGGAGCCAGGGACGACGUCCUGAUAAACCUUUUGAGGAAGAACGAGCAGUCGGCGUUCAACACUGCCUCGCUCCACAGAUUCCUGGAUUUGAAGUAUCAGGAGAUAUAUUUCAUCAAAUUCUUCCUGGACUUGUCAAAAGGUAAGGUCUCCUCCCAAGAUGACCUAGUGAAAAGGAUUCUCGAUCCAAGAAUUGAUACUGUGCUUGCCUAUACCUUUACUUCUCUGCAAGCAAGGGAACCCUACCUAGAUAAGCUGAACGCUGUUUUGGAUCAGGCCUCUGGCUCUGUACCCAAGGCUUCAGUACAGGAGAAGGACUCAACCCCCUGGUUUGAGGACAGAAAGAUCUUGGAAAGAGCCCAGGACGCAGCCAUGGUGUUUGCGGGGUUCUCCCAGGGCUACCACCUGGGGAAGAUCCGCUUCAUCGUAACCUCAAAGCCUGAUGAGAGCAACCCGGGAGCUGAGAUUGUCCGGUACCCCAGUGGGUGCCUGGAAGGAACCCGACUGAAGCUCCUCUCCAAACCCCGCCAGCCACUCAUUGACGCCGUUUCCUGUGACCGAUUCCAGCUGACCUUUCAGCCAGCCGAGUCAGAGAAAGGGGUGACAUCGGGUUACUACGUCCAGUAUAGGGUCUUUGGGGAAGAAAAGUGGAUGUUUGCGUAUGUAAAUGGGACAGAGGAGACGUUCUGGGUGAUGGGGCUGGAAGCAAAGACUAAAUAUGAAUUUCGGUAUGCCAUGGAGAGCAAAUUGGGACUCAGUCACUUCAGUGAUGUGAGUGGAGUGGUGGAGACCACCCCCCGCUCAAGCCCUCCCGGGAAACCAACCCUGGUGGAGAGGGGCUCCUGUUUCCCCUUUCAAAUCCAAAUUAUCUGGAGCUGCCCUAGCUUUGUGGCCGAUGGCAUCGUCAUAAAGCAGUACAAGCUCCGCUACCGAAAACGAGCAGAAAAUGGGUGGUACGAAUACAAGACAGGGAAGAAGAUGGAGACCGUGUGGAUGUCCAGGACCACCGUAAGGAACAUGGUGGCCCUGCAGGUGGUCGCCAUCUAUGAAGAUGGGUUUGAGAGCGAACCCAGUGAGGAGGCCCUCCAGGGAGACUUUUAGGAGGUAAACAGGUGGUGGCGCAGCUGCGCUUUUGCACCCUGCAACCUUGUUGUCCUCUCCCUCAGGUCUUCAGCACAGACCAGUUUCUUGAGAGACUGGAGCCCUCUGGGG